AUGGAAUUCUUCGUCUUGAUCGUGUUUUGUGCAAUCUUCUUAUCUGCCUCCGCAGAUCCAGACAAUAUGCAGGACACGUGUCCGACGGCUCCAGGAGAACAGAGCAUGUACUUCAUCAACGGCUAUUCUUGCAAGAAUCCGGCCGAGAUCAACGCUCAGGAUUUUAAGUCCACCAAACUUACAGUUGCUGGGGACACGGAUAAUUAUCUCCAGUCGAGUGUCACAAUGCUCACUGCAUCAGAGUUUCCAGGUCUCAACACUCUCGGCCUCUCGGUCUCUCGCACUGACCUCGAUCGUGACGGAUCCGUGCCGUUCCAUUCGCAUCCGAGGUCAUCGGAGAUGCUCUUUGUGGUAAGUGGAGUCGUGUUUGCUGGAUUCGUAGAUACCAACGACAAGAUUUUUCAGACGGUUCUGCGAAAAGGCGAUGUCUUUGUCUUCCCUAAAGGACUGCUUCAUUUCUGCUUGAGCGGUGGCUUCGAACGAGCCACGGCUCUCUCGUUUUACAAUAGCCAGAAUCCUGGAGUCGUGAAUAUUGGAGGCGUGCUUGGGAUCGAUCAAGAGCGUUUAGUGAACAUGACGAGGUCGUUAGUCUCUGGCUCCGGAGUCACGGACCAUGAUGAGCUUUAG